UAAACUUCUAAUUUCAGAAAGAGUGAAAAUUUGUUCGAAUAGUUUGAUUCAGUUGCUUUCCGAAUACAUUAGCUCUCGAUACGCCAUGAAACAUUGCCUUGUUGUAUUGUGUUGGAUAGCCACAGUAUUGGCUGACGAUACGUGGACCGUUAAACACUUUUCCGAUCUAAAAUUGGCUCGCAAUAAAUGCGCCACAACGCUAAACGUUCCCGAUGAUGCAUUCUCUAAUUAUCAAAAUCGAAUUUUUUCCGAUACCGAUCCUUUGGCCAAGACGUACGUGAAGUGUGUCUUUGAAGAGCUGGGCGUUUUUGGUGACAAUGGUUUUUAUGUGGAUCGUGUUGUGUCACAAUUUGGUACCGAAGCGAGUGAUGCGCCGAGAUUAGAGAAAUGUGCUGCGAAAACUGAUACAGAUACAACGGAUGACAUCUGGGCGUUCAGCGCAUUUAGGUGUUUCACUAAAGUACAUACGUCGGAGUUUUAUACGCAAUUGGAUGUGAAGGACUAGGUUUAUCUAGCGG